AUGGCGCCGUCGCCGCUGCUGGCGCACGUCGCGCGCGCGGACGGCGACGGCGACGACGACGACGGCGCGACGGCGCGCGUGGCGGCGAGAGGACUCGCGCGGGAGCUCGCCGAGGCGACGACGACGGGACGGGAGGACGUCGCGCGCGCGGUGCGGACGCUGUGCGAGGCGACGACGCACGCGCGAGCGCAAGAUGAGCUGGCGCGAGGGAUCGUGGCGAUCGCGCGGUCGGGGAACGCGAGCGCGAGCGCGUUGGCGACGGAGCUCGCGAGCGGCGCGGCGAGCGCGAGGACGAGGGCGAACGUUCGAGCGUUGACGCGAGCGCUGGUGGAGUUGUGUUGCGCGUUCGGGGAUGGGGAGUUGGCUGGGGAGUGCGCGCGGGGGAGUGGGCAUCCGCUCGUGCGCGCGCUGAAGGCGCACUCGGACGCGGGCGCCGGGUUGUUGGAGGCGACGGCGAGUAAGCUGGCGAGGGGGUCGAUUUCGGAUUUCAACGCCCUGCGGCAGUUUGUGUUUCGCGCGCUGUUGGAACAUCCCGCACCGGCGCCGCGAAGUUCGUUCGCGAUGUUAUUGCACGCGCGAUUGAUGGGCAUCGCGAGCGGGCGCGGGGAAAACGCGCGCGCGGUUUUAGGGGUGUGCGUCGAGGCGCUCGGGGCGUAUCGAGCGCCCACGAGUGAGUCAAGGUCGUGGAUUGCGUGUGCGGCGGCGGAAAUCAUAGAUGCCAUCGAGUGUAGACUCUUCGACGUCGAAGACGCGUCUGCGCGCGAAGUUGUACCGUUGCUGGCGGAGGGAUUGGUGCGACAGACGCGCGCGGCGGCGCGCUCCGGCGACAGCGUCGUCCCCUUUGUCGGCGCGCUGACGCGAUUGAGCGAGCUUGGAGACGUAAGUGUAUGUGGUGAGUUGUUACCAUGUUUAUCGCUUGUACAUAGCGCUGAGGAGACGUCUGCUUUACUGGCACUUCUGGCGCCGUACUUUCCAACGAGCGGCCCCGCGCGCGCGCUCGGCGCGAUGCACGCGUCGGCAGCGUUCAUGCUUCCAGGAGAAUCGGGUGCGCGCUUGGCGCUCUCGCUCGCCACGCUGCGAAACGAUGAUUCGGUACGCAAUGUCGAAAAUAGCAGACUAAUGGGAUACGCCACUCGAGAUGGGUUCGUGAGCGCCGCACUUGCGGCGAAUUGGGACGACGGAGACGCCACGGAGACGCUCGCCGCAUGCAUUCGAAACGACGUCGACGUCAGGUCUCCAUCGCUUGAACUCGCAUGCUUGUCUCACCCGGUUCCCUCGAUUCGUGAGUGCGCAGCAGAAACACUCGGAAGAAAGCUCGGAGGCAAACGGCCGCAAGGCUUGUCGAACAUCACGGCGACGCUCUUGCACCUGCGAGCGGCUUGCGAGAAAUCGUCCAACGCACGUCACGCGAAGUCCACGCUCGCGUCUUUGAACGCAUUAGCCGCUGGUGCUUCUAAUUUUAUGGCUGCGCCGGCCGUGUUGCGCGCGAUAUCUCCGCUCAUGAGCACAAAUCCUGGGGAAAAGUCACCCGACGCUCGUCUACACGCAUUGGCGCUGCGACUAUUGGCUGAAAUGUGGAUCCACAAUCGUGAGCUUGGACCUCGUUUACGAGGAGCUUUAGAAGAAGCAUCGCAUUCUCACGAACGCGAAGUGACGGUUGGGUGCGCCGCCGCAGUCGCAGCUGCAGCAAAAGCCCAUCCCUUUCGAGCGGCGGAGUUGGUGAUACCCAUGCAAGGCUGUUUGAAAUCAGAUUGGCCCGAGGCGCAAGCGCUCGCCCUCGAAGCGAUUGACAGCAUGUGCGCGCACGACGCGCUUGACUUUUUACCCGCGUUCAAGGUAGUUACUAGACAUAUACCUAGCCUUCCGCAGCACCCACUUGUGGCACGAAAAUGGAUCAGACUGAUUCGACACGGUGGUCGCGACGGCGCUUCGUUCCCCGAAGCGACGGCGACGCUCAUUGACACAGUAUGGAAUGCAAUCAAAACGUCCAAGGACGCUCGUGUUCGUCACGAAGCCUGGAAUUCGUUGAGUGAAUACGAUCCAGAGUUCAUAAUUGAAAAUGAUUCGCCGACUCCGGCAGAAAUUGCGGCGAGCGCGCUGUCUGAAAGUUUUGGAGAAGAAUCGUUCGUCGGCGCCACGCGAAUGCUUCGGACGAUGACGAAACACGAGGCGAGCUUGUUAUCUCGCACUGCCUUAGUGGCUCGAGAGUCUCAACAAGUCUCGCAUCCACCUCCGUCGGAUCCGCUCAUAUAUCGAGUAACGCAAACACUUCCGAAAAAGUUGCUUGACAGUCAGCUGUGUUCGUGCGCUCGCUUACUUUUGUUCCGCCCGCACAAGGGGAAAUCGGAAGCGACGCGUUCAGUCGAUGAGAAUUCCCAGAGGCGAAGUCGUGCGGAGGCGUAUCGAACUGAGUUUAAGCGCGCGAUAAGGCAAGUGUUUUGGAGUGGUUCAUGGCACGUCAAUCUCGUCACGCGCGCGUGGACUCGUUUUGCUCGUCGCUGGUUCGACGCCGAAGUUUCGGCGAGAACCGCCGAGAACGGAUUGGAUGAGCUGUACGCCGAAGUUCGAGCGAGCAUUAACGCCACGGCCAUGGAAGCACUCCAAGAUGUUUCCAUGCCUGAUGAAUUACAAAAUAUAGCUUUACUUCUCGCGACACCAGUUUUGGUUGGAAACGGUGGACUCGGUGCAGCAUUGGUGGAUUUAUUGCUCUCACUGUUGGAGGAAAAGUCAUCCAUCGUGGGCGCCGAGCGUGGGUUGUACGUCGCCCUCGGUCUCGCUGCGGGUACUCUCGAGGAUAGAGGUGACGCACAGCGCCCGAACAAGGUUGCUGAAAUUAUGAUGAAGCAAAUCAGCGAUUGCCGUAUCGAUGGCGCAUUGACGAUGGGUGUUACCGCGGAAGCUCUUGGUUUAAUGUGCCGCGAGUUGUCGUCGAACGUUUUGCCCGGCGGCUCGUCUUCGUCAUGGCGAUUGGAUCUCGUCAGGAGAAUUUACAGCUUCCUGGGCGCUACCUUGGUCGCGCUCGGUGAACCGUUUAUAGAUGUCUUGAAAGUUCAGCCAGCGAAUGACAUUAUUUCACCUCCGAAAGGGGACUUGUCCGAUGCAGUCUGUGGAGUUUACACUGGAUUGUCGAGGGCAGCGUGCGCUUUGGAUGUCUUCGAAGAUGACAAAGCCAUGACAAACACCUUAGCGAUCAUAAACUGGCUCAUCGGCGCAACGUCGUGCGGAAGAUUUCCUGGAAGUAUUGCUCUACCAGUUGCCGUGAAGUCAUUACUCAAUCAUAGGCACAAUACCGAGAGUGAGGUCCUCGCGUUGAAGGCGCUAAGGACGACGCAUGAUUCGGAACAGCCCGCUAUUCGCGCCGUCGCCGGCAUCAUUCUUGGUGUAACGCUCGACCAUGGCUGCGCGAUUCCGAUACAAACCGUUCAGGAAAUUAUUGCGAGAGUCACGUCAACGGUCCGAGACGACAUGGCGACAUCGUUCGACCGUUCGAUUGGUGUCCUGUCCCUGUCUGGGGUGUUGGGCAGCGCUUGGGACGGCCACGAUGUGAGCGUCGCCGGAACAUUCGAUGAAGGUGCGGUAUUUUCAGCGCCGUUGCUCUGGGGCGGUGAUAAAUCAAAGAUCGAGGCAAAACGUGUUCUGAAGACGCUAGAAAGUAUCGCGUACGCGCCAGGCGAUAUUGUUUCGAAAGCGUUGCGAGAUUUAACCAUUUGGACGCUCGCUGGGGUGUCAGACAGAGCGGCACAAAUUGCCGUUACGAUUGGCCCGAGAUCAACUGAUUCGAAGUCGUCUGUUCCAAAAGACACCAUCAUUGGAUUUAUUAUGCAUGCACUUUUGGAUAAUGUCGUGAGUUGUCCGUCCCGAGAGCAACUGAACGGCGCGACGUUGGCGUUGGAUGUACUGCGAGAGCUCGCUCGCUUACCGAAUGCUGGCUGGUCAAAUGCCUUGCAUCGUUGGUGGCGAGUCGCGACUUCCAGUGGCGAUGCGGAUAAAGUUGAAAAGAAUGCGCUUCAGUGUGCUUGCCUUCGAAUGUGUCGUGCGCACCCGGAAGCUUCAAUAGGUCGAGACGUCUUGGAAUUGCUCGUAGCACUCUCUGAUGCAGACUUCUUCAAUCUGGCGCCGGAGACACAGCGCUUGGCGAUGUUGAGCGCUCCAUACGCGUGCGCUUUACGGUCUGAGACCGGUGCUAGUGCGAUAAAACGAUUCACUCAAAUGGCGUUUUCACCGCACGCGUCCGACGGUUGCGUGGAGUCGCUUUGGAAUGGUUUGAUUGAUGUCUCUGAAAGCGAAACAGCUACAGCGGCAGUUUGCGAACUCGUGUCUCGUUUAAGUUUGACGGAUACACGAACGCUUGAUGCAGUCUCCACGUGCGUUAGUCAAUUUACUUCAUCGGUAUUACGAGAACAAGUCGUGAAGAAGCUCGCGCUCGACGUCAAACCCAUCGUCUGCGCUCGCUUAUACAAUGCUGGACAAGUUGCGUCUGAAACGCUCACAUCACUGGCGACUUGGCCAAAGGCGACGAGGACGGUCACUUUGAGAGCGAUGGUAGGUCAUCUCACCACAUCAUCAAACUCACUUCGAGCACAAAUGAUACACGAAGCCGCCAAUCUCACCGAUGUCGAUGCGAUCCCAUGCAUCGCUAUACUUGCCGCAGCGUGGGGACCGACGUCGGCGCUCCUGUCGAUGACAUCCAUAGAGCAGUGCAUUCUCGCACUUCCAUAUACUUUGUCGCAUCUCCUGCGAGGCGAGUUAUCCGGCAUGAUGGAAACACUGGUGUCGUGUCUGCUCAGAAAUUUGAACGGUAAGUAUUCGAAAGUAGCGACGGAUACAUUAUUAGAAUUACGCGACGACGUGACGCUUGCGCUUUGGUCGCAAAUCGUCGAUUCAACGCACUAG